AUGGAUUCUGCGCAGCAAAACAGUAGCGCAGCAGCAGGAGGAGGCAGCAGCUGGGGUGCCUUCCUCAAGUCCAUCGCUUCCUUCAACGGCGAUCUCGCCAGCCUCACGGCACCCCCCUUCAUUCUUUCUGGUACUAGUUUGACCGAGUUUAGCUCGUACUGGUGUGAGCACCCUCCCGUCUUCGCUGCUCCUGCCAAAGAAUCGGAUCCGGCAAAGAGAGCGCUCCUGGUUCUCAAGUGGUUCUUAACCACAUUGAAGCAACAGUAUGCCAGCCGAAGCGAGCAGUAUGGCAACGAAAAGAAGCCUCUGAACCCCUUUUUGGGUGAGCUUUUCCUUGGCAAGUGGGAGGACGAGGCCGGCGUUACCGAGCUCAUCAGCGAGCAAGUGAGCCAUCAUCCACCCGCAACAGCCUACAACAUUACCAACCUUCCGACCGGCGUCCGACUUGAGGGCUACAACGCCCAAAAGGCCUCAUUUUCCAAGACAAUCAACAUCAAACAGAUUGGCCACGCUGUUUUGACGGUCCCAUCACCGACGUCGGACCAGCCCGACACCUUCCUUAUUACCCUGCCAUCUCUCCAUAUCGAGGGCUUGAUCUUCGGCUCUCCCUUUAUCGAGCUGGACGGUGCUUCUUACAUCACUUCUUCUACUGGAUAUACCGCCAAGAUUGAUUACAGUGGCAAAGGUUGGCUGUCUGGCAAGAAGAACUCGUUUGUCGCCUCGCUGUACCCGACGGGCAAGGAGAAGGAGGUGCUUUACAAUGUUUCGGGCCAGUGGACAAAGUCUUUCGAAAUCCAUUCUGGUGCGGCCAAGCACAACAGCAAGAGCACCCUCGUCGACUCCUGGGAUCCCGAGAAACAGCAUCAUACUCCUCUCACCGUUGCCCCGAUCGAAAAACAACACCCUCUUGAAUCUAGACGAGCCUGGUCCAAGGUCGCCAACGCUAUUCUCAAAGGAGACCUUGAAGCUGUGGGACAAGAGAAGAGCAGGAUCGAAGUUGCGCAACGCGAGGCGCGUGCCAGAGAAAAGGCCGAGGGGCGUAUGUGGCAACGACGAUAUUUCAGCGUCCACACAGAUGCGCCUGAUCGUGUAUUGACCCUGCUUGGUCCUGCUAUUGGACUAGCUGAGCAUGGUGAUGCGGAUAAAACUGGUGGACUGUGGCGGUUUGACGCGACCAAAGCAGAGAAGGAACGUGAGCAACCGCAGCUUAGCGAUGAGGAAGCCUCCAAGAUCGCCAAGGAGCUCUUAGGGCAGUAA